ACGAAAUCCGUCGUUGAUUUCCUGCUUUAUUCUCGUGCUAGAUAGAUCAUCUACAAUGGCUGAAUUACCUCUCUCAAGAAUUGUAAUAGACAGUGAACCAGACUGGCUACGAGUGAAGAAAAAUGUGUCAGAUGCGAUGAUGGAAGUGAUGGAGACACGGUUAUCCACCAUGCCAGGUGGUAAGGAUGGCGAUGCAGCAAAGACCAUGAGGAGAGAGUUGCAGGCUCGGCUGGCUCAAAUACAAGAGAGGAUGUUUGAGAUGAGCAAGUACAACUUGCAAGUAAAUGGUCAAAAUUAUGAGGAUUUCGUACAAGCUACCGAAGGGUUCGACGAAGUUCUCGAUCGUAAAAUCUGGGGUCUUCACACCGAAAAGGUUGAUCAUGAAACCCGCAUUGCUGAAAGGCGCAAAAAGAUGCCAGAGAGCAUUAAUCGACUGGAGGUGGAUUUAGAGAUGAGAAGAACAGAGGCAGAGUGGUUGCCCGAUGAACUAGAAGAGGAAAAUGAUGUGAAACAAGUAGAAGAAAUACCUAAACCUCUUCGCCACGAUGAGGUCAGAGAAACUUUCCAAACAGUGGCAUCCAACUUGUCAGAAGUGGUCAAGUCUGCUCCCCUGCAACUGCAGCGUGCCCAACGCGCUCAGGCGGUUCGAGAUGAAAUUACAAGCAUGCCCUUAUGAGCUGCAUGAGUGGCCUAUAUAUAUAUAUAUAUAUAUAUUGCUCCUUGCGCAUUGGGUCCUUGUCCGAGAUUCGGGGCUUAUACAUAUGUUUAAGAGAAUCCAGGCGGCCCGCCUAGACGUCAAUGUUUCGCGUUUAAUCAUAAUCUCUGUUGUACGAUAUCAGCUUUGUCUCAACAGUUAUGCAGCUUUGUCCCA